AGUCUAUUCGCUUAUUACUGAAAGGCAUAGUUGCGGUAUUACACCCUACACUAGCCACAUAACCUUUAGCCAUGAUAUGAUUAUAAAUACUGCACUUUUACAUUUUAAGUUUAGAUGAUCUUCGAGCAUUAACAUGGUAUUCCCUCGCAAUGGGAGUAAUACGAAAUUCGUGUGUAGCAAAUUGUCGAAUUUAGCGACCAAGUUUCGUGUUACCUAUUGCACAGCUUACACAAAUAGCUUUUUAAAGUUGAAUAAACCCGUUUGGAGGGGUGCUGGGCCCAGAGGAUUUUCGAGAUGUAACAAUUUAAAGGGCUCUGCGCUAAGGAGCGAAUUCAGAGCGGUCAGAGGCCUUUUCAACAGGUCAGGACUAAGCUAUGUGGAACAGAACAAAAUUUUGAGGCGUGGAAUAAGGACCUCGUGCGCCCUGAGACAGGAGAAGCCACCACCGGACAAGAAUGACAAAGACAAGGAUAAAAAAAAUGAAGACAUGGAAAAGAUGUCAGCACUCAUGACAAAGGCAUUCUUGUGGAUGAUUACAGCUUACAUGCUACUUGCAUUUCUUUCCUUGUUCAUACCGAACAGUGGCAAUCCAGAAUUGGUGAAGUUUGUCUCUUGGAAUGAAUUUCUUCAUCAUAUGCUGUCAAAAGGAGAAGUGGAAGAAAUAAUAGUGCGCCCUGAUCUUGACAUGGUUACCAUUGUUCUACACGAAGGGGCAAUCAUCAAAGGAAAAAGAGUAGAGCAAAAUACUUAUCACAUGAACAUCGUUGACACAGCAAAAUUUGAAGCAAAAUUGAGAGAAGCUGAAGCAUCACUUGGUAUCAGCCUGGGCCAUGGCGUUCAAAUUGUUUAUGAAAGAGGAAGCGAUACAGCUGGGAAGCUGCUUAUGUCAAUUAUAUUAGCAAGCAUAUUGUUGUCUUUACUAUCUAGAGCAAGGACUGUGAAAAAUCCACUUUCCAUUGACAAAAUUUCCCAAUUAGGAAGAGCAAAGUUUACAUUAAUCGAUCCACACACUGGCCAAGGAAAAGGGGUUAAAUUUACAGAUGUCGCUGGCUUAACUGAAGUCAAAAUGGAAGUGAUGGAAAUUGUUGAUUAUCUAAAAAAGCCUGAACUGUAUAAACAGCUUGGUGCCAAGGUACCAAAAGGUGCCCUUCUCCUCGGACCGCCUGGGUGUGGGAAAACUCUUCUUGCCAAAGCUGUUGCAACUGAGGCAGAAAUCCCUUUCUUGUCGAUGAACGGUUCCGAGUUCAUGGAGAUGAUCGGAGGAUUGGGUGCUGCAAGAGUUAGGGAUCUUUUCAAAGAAGGGAGAAAAAGAGCACCUUGCAUCAUUUACAUUGAUGAAAUUGAUGCUAUGGGGAGAAAGAGGAGUGGUAGCAAUUUAGGAGGUGGUUUUGAAGGUGGUACUGGAGAAGGAGAGCAGACUUUGAAUCAGCUUCUUGUUGAAAUGGAUGGAAUGGCUUCAAAGGAGGGCGUUCUAGUCCUUGCUUCAACCAAUAGAGCUGACGUACUCGACAAGGCUUUGUUAAGACCAGGAAGAUUUGAUAGGCAUAUUCUAAUUGAUUUACCCACGGUGAAAGAAAGAGUUGAUAUUUUUGAACACCAUCUUAAGGGUAUAGCUUUAUCCAACCCCCCACAUACAUAUUCUAAAAGAUUGGCAUAUCUCACACCAGGAUUUAGUGGUGCUGAUAUUGCUAAUGUUGUGAACGAAGCUGCCCUUCAUGCAGCAAGAUAUCUUAAAAAGAAGGUUGAAAAAGAAGAUCUUGAAUAUGCGGUCGAGCGAGUGGUUGGUGGGACUGAAAAAAGAAAUCAUGCGAUGUCUGAGGAGGAAAAAGAGACUGUUGCAGUUCACGAAUCUGGGCAUGCUUUAGUCGGGUGGCUUUUGCCAUUUGCAGAUAUAUUACUUAAAGUCACAAUCGUACCGAGAACAAAUUUGGCAUUAGGGUUUGCUCAGUACACACCUUCCGAUCAAAAACUCUACACUAAGGAAGAGAUGUUUGCAAAAAUGUGUAUGGCACUGGGUGGCAGAGUCGCAGAAUCACUGGUUUUCAAUAAGAUUACAACUGGUGCUCAAAACGAUCUUAAAAAAGUAACAGAUAUGGCAUAUUCUAUGGUCAGAGUUUACGGUAUGGAUGAAAAAGUAGGCCUGAUUUCUUUCACAGAAGGUACAGAAGGAAGAAAACCAUAUAGUAAAAAAUUGAAUGCCUUAAUUGAUCACCAGGCCAGACAGCUGACAGCUGACGCGUACAAAGAAACUGAAAGAAUUUUACUCGAAAACCGCCCACUGCUGGAUAAACUUUCUUCAGAACUGCUUAAAAAGGAAACGUUGAGUUACAACGAUGUUGAAGCGCUCAUCGGACCCCCUAAACACGGCAACAAAAAAAUGAUUGAACCUGUUGAGUUCGAGGCUUCACUGAAUAGCUUGACAAAAAAAGAAAGUGAUGAAAACUCAGUCCCUGAGCGGGUCAGUCCUAAAAGUGAUAGUCAAUAAAUAGUUAAAAUUAUAUAAAUAUUUGUAAAAUACAUUUUAUAAACAGUUUUCUGUUUGUUUUAUUUUUUAAUGUAGUAUUUGGCUACAUUAAUCUGUUGUCAGCAAAAAUAGAAAACUUGUUAAUGCA